AUGGCUGAAGCACUCAUUUCCGUACUUCUAGAUCGAUUCACUUCGAUUAUCCAUAAACGGAUAGAACACCAGGCGAAAGUUGUGGUGGGUGUAGACAGACAAGUUGAAAUUAUCAGAAGCAAUCUCAAAGCUAUUCAUGCUCUCCUAGAGGAUGCAGAGCAGAGGCAAGUGAAGGAGGCCAGUGUUAGAGACUGGUUGGAUAAGCUAAAAGAUUUAUCGUACGAGAUGGACCACGUUUUGGAUGAGUGGAACACUGGAAUUCUGAAACAAGAAGUUAAGAAACAAGGAAUUACCAUGGAUAAUUUAGUGAAGAAGCUGAGUGAGAGUAGCAAAGAGGAGAGGGGUCCUCUUGUCAUCUCCAUUUUAGGGAUGGGAGGAAUUGGCAAGACAACUCUUGCCCAACUAGCCUAUAAUGAUGAAAGGGUGAGGAACCAAUUCCAGAAUAGAGUAUGGGUUUGUGUCUCAAACCCUUUUGAGAUCAAGAUUGCUAAAGCCAUCAUUGAAGGCAGUAGGAUAUUGGUGACUACACGAAAAGAGGGGGUGUUGAGCGAACAAAAUUGUUUGUCACUCUUCAAUCACUUGGAUUUUGGGGACAGAAAAAGAGAUGAUGCACUUGAGAAAAUUGGAGAAAAGAUUGUAAAGAAGUGUAAAGGUUUGCCUCUUGCGGCAAAGACUUUAGGGAGCCUAAUGCGCUUUAAGAAAACAAGGAGAGAAUGGUUGAAUGUUUUGAAGAGUAAGAUUUGGGAACUAGAAGAGGGAAACUCGAUUGAAGAACUUCCUGAAGCGAUAGGUGAACUCAUUCAUUUGCGUUAUCUCAAUCUAUCGAAAAAUAGUUGUUUGAAAGAAUUGCCUGAUGCUCUUGCCACUAUGCGAAAGCUGAUUAACUUAAAGCAUCUUUAUACUUACCUCUCUGGUAGUGUAAAAUUACCAGAAGAGAUUGAGAGAUUAACAAGUCUGGAAAGACUAGAUUAUGUUUCUGUCAGAAGAGGCCAUGGCUAUGGUGACACUGACUACAAUGAAACAACAUUUAAGUUGGGAAGUUCGAGAGAAAUGAACCAGCUUCGAGGGAGUCUUUGUAUAAAUGGGUUGAGUGAUAUAAACACUGUGAGUGAGGCUAAAGAGGCACAAUUGGUGAAGGAACUCCUGGUCGAGUUGAAUCUGUCUUUCUCAGUAGAUAAAAAUUAUGAGAAAAGAUGGAGGGAUGGACAAAUCCUGAAUGCCUUACAACCACAUCCAAAUUUGGAAGAGUUAACCAUCCUGCAUUACCAUGGCACCAACUGGCAUGUCGAAUGGAUGCUGUCGUUGCAUAAUUUGAGGAGGCUAGCUCUUGAAACCAAUUUCUUUUGUGAGUUUUUGCCUCUUUUGGGGAAUUUGCCGUCCCUUGAGAUUUUAGAAAUAAGUUGGAUGCUUGGUGUGAAAAAGAUGUCGAGUGGGAAGAACGGGAAGGAGGAGCAGAGCAUUCUGAAAUUACAAUAA